AUGAGUUAAGAGCGUAUAGAAUAAAGACCAGAGACAUCGAAAUGUUCUCGAUUAGAAAAAAGAAGAAUAACAAAUUCGAAUUAAUAGAGAAAUCGUACAGCUAUUCAAAGCAGAACGGCUUAGAAUUUUAAUCCGAAUAGUUACAAUGGAAUGACAUUAGAAGAAUAUUUCAGAAAAAAAGGAUAAGACAAUACUAAUACAUAAGUGGAGAAAAAAAAAAAAUUUUUGGUAACAAGUAAUGAGUUCUUUAUGGAAUUCUAAAAUUAAGACGCAAUGAGAAGAACACAUAUGGGAGAUAGCAAAUACAUGAAUAUGAAACAAGAUUUGAAAAAGAAAAUAUAGGAUUACGAUAAGGAUUUAUUUUAGAAGUAUGCUAUUAAAUUUGAUUUGGGAAAUGGUUUGGGAAAGUGA